CUCAGUGUUCUGAACAAAUCCACUGGUGCAGGCAUGGUGAGGGCGGCAUGAUGUCAGUGAGGGCAGCGGGGGCUGGGGAGGGCGGAGCUGAGGGUGAGUUGCUAGAGGAGGAGCUGACACAGGUAGACCGGGUGUUGGAGGAGGCACUGAAGGCUGUACAGCGCAAGAGCCACCUGGUCUUCAACCUCACAUCCAAGGAGUGGCUCAAGCAUUUUGACAGGUUCCGUGAAGGCAUGGAGGAGGUGGAGCGCCGGUACCAGUGUGUGAUGGUGGCAGCAGUGCAGACAGUGGACACCGUGGCUCAUGGGCUGCGGGUCCUCAAUGUGUUCAAGCCUCUAGCAGCACGCAAGUCCCUCUUCUCUGUAUUCUACGUGAUGAUUGACCAUAUUCUCAACUUGUUUGACCGUGACCUGGAGGAAGUAGAGAAGGAGUAUGUGUUCCGCUCCAUGAAGGUGGGCGGGGAGGGGUUCCACUACUCCAAGAUGGCACGGUGGGCAGCAGACACACGCAGGAAGCUGGAGCAGGAAGUCAAUCUGCUGAAAAACCAGUCCUGGCUGCCAUACUACCCCCGCCUGGACUCCAUCUACCGGCGUUGGGGCCGGACUGUGCUGCUGCUGCGAGGUGUCGUCUCCAACAUGUACGCCGCCUGGAUUGCUUCCCUGGAGUCCAACCCUUCCAAACGUCUCCUUGAAUCCAUUUUCAGGUGGCGCCCUGGAGCCAUUCAGAGCCUGCAGGACAACUUUGAUGUGCAGUUGUAUAAGGAUUUGGAGGAGGCAGGGGCAUGGAAGGCCAUGGGCUUUGACAUUCCUGAUGCCAUUACUCCAAUAUUUGCUGACAUUGCUGUAUACAAGGAUCUCAGAAAAAAGGUGAUGGACUGUGCCAAUGGCUUCAACAACUUCAUGUCUAGGGUGUCUCGAGAUGAGGCUCAAAUGUUUGAGAGUCAGAUUCAAGCAGCAGUGAAAAACUUCUACCCUGGCCUGUCUGCUGUGACUUGGGUGCAGCGAGAUGCAGUGGCAACACUGCUAACUCGCUGCACUGCUGUUGUGAGGAAUGUUCAGGAGCAGGUGUCCCAGUACCUAGCAGUGAAUCAGGACCUGUCAUCUGUGCUGCUUAAGACCAAGGAAAUGGCACUGUAUAAACGGGAUGAUGCCAUAGUGUAUGAGGGUGAUGGCUUCCAGGAAGACCUUGGUUCACAGCUCCAUGCAGCAGCUGAGGGAGUGAAGUCCAAGUUCCGUCAGACAGAAGAGAUCCUGGACUCUCUGCACCAGAAGCUCAUCAGCAAGACCAGUGUGAAGGCAGAGCAAGCCUGGCUGGCCUAUGUCACCAGGAUUGAUAACCUUUUUCUGGAUUGUCAAAGAGAGGUGUUGCGAAGAUCUCUUCUCUCCUUUGAAGGGAUGCUCAUGGGGUCCCGCAGCUGCCCAACAGAGAAGCUGACACCAGUCUUCACUAUUGCUAUCAGUCUUAGUGAUGGAAGGAUUAUUUGCAAGCCUUCUGUCAAUCAAGUGCUACAGCUUGUCAUAUCUUUAGAGACCCAGUUUUCUGAGAGUUUGGGAAAAAUUCCAUGUCUUCUAAGACGAUUUUCCUUAGAGAAGGCAAAGGCCCACUCCCACCUGCCGGUGCUGGAGGACAAGCUGUGCUCACGACUGCAGGCUAAGCUGAACAGUGAGUUCCAGGCUCAGGUGGAGGAGUUAAAGCAGCGACUGGAAGAAUGGCAGGCCUACCGUGACCUGUGGGAAGUGGAUCGAAGGGAGUUUUUUGAGCACUAUCUUACCAAGGCCAACUCAGUCUAUAUCUUUGAGACAGACAUCAUGACCUUUGAGAGAAAACUAAGAGAAAUAGAGAAUACAGAGGAUCAUAUGAAGGUUGGCACAUUUUAUGUCAACUGUGAGACUCUGAAGCACCAGCUCAUCAUGCUGUGCAAGUCAUGGGUGUCUGACUUUGAAAAAAACCUCUUUAAGAUUGCCUCUGAGAAACUGGACAUUCUUUACUCUUACAGUAGAGGGACACGAGCAUUGCUCAAGAGUGAUCCACAGGAUAUUUCUUCCCUCCUGAUGGCUGCUGAUGAGUGUCACUCAGCCAAACGGCAACUGGCAGCUUACAGAAGUGAGUUUCAGCCAGUUAGGGAACAGUUUGAUGUGCUGAGGAAGUACCAUUAUGACAUCCCAGCAAAAGUGAACAGCAGCCUGGAACAGCUGGAGAAGGAGUGGGAUGCUGUUGAAGGUCUCUUGACAGAAAAGGUUCUUGAGUUGAAUGCUGCUUUGGAUGGUUUUCGCAAAACUUACAAUGAUCGAUCUGAGCUGGUGCUGGAGGAGGUAGAUGCCCUCAAGGAACACUUCCGUCAGGCAUUGCCCACACGGCUGGAUCGCCCUGUGUGUGAUGCCUACAGUGUCAUUAGAACACUGAAAGACAUGAUGGCAGAUAUAAUCACCAAACUGAGUGUAAAUGAAACCCUUAUGUUGCUGUCAUUGCCAACUGUUGAGUUUCCAGAGCUUCCAGCAUUCCAGCACGACCUAGUGUCAGCAGAAAAGAUGUGGUCACUGUUGGAAGAGUGGCAGCAAGCAUGGGAGGGUUGGGCAAACAUGAUAGUGUGGGAGGUGAGUGUUGUUGGCCUUCAGGAGAUGCUCUCUACCUUUGGUCACAAGCUGAGGGCCAUCAAGCCCUUUGCAGUAGGUGAAAUAAGUACAAGGGCAGGUGUGGGAGAGGGUGACUGGGAGUUGAAAGAGGAAUUCCUCACCAGGAUUGAGCUAUGUAAGCUACUGGUUCCUCUAACUCUCAAUCUGCAGAAUGCCAGGCUGAGAACUCACCACUGGGAUCAGAUAAAAGCACUUGUCAAGGCAGAAUUUGACAAGGACUCACCAGAUUUUACCCUAGGGUUUCUCCAGAAAUUAAACCUUACUUCCUACAAGAAAGACAUGUCAGCUAUCCUUGUGAACUCCACAGAGGAGGCCAAACUAGUGAGUGAGAUUGACAACAUCAAGAGUCUUGCCUCAGACAUUCCACUCAAUCUUAGGGCCAUACCAGGCAUGAGUGUGUCUGUUCUAGAGUCUACUACAGCUGCUAACGAAACCAUUGUGGAACUGAAUACACGGUUGCAGGUUCUGUCAGCCUCCCACCAUGCACAUCCCUAUGCUGAAGACAUUGAUGGCAUUCGUGCAAUGCUGUCCUCUAUGAUUACCUUCUUGGAAGAAAUGGAGGCACUGCAGAGAACAUGGGGCACCUGGGAGCCUUUCUUCCUUGUGCCAGAUGUGAGGCUCCACAUGGUCUAUGCUACUUCUAUCUUUGACUCUCUCAAUGAGAGGUGGUGCCAGUUGUCAAAUGUCAUGACAACAGAACAUUUUCUCAAGCCUGUGGCACUGCAGGAUCACCUGAGGAAGGAAGUGAGGAACAUGUCAUCUGAAUUCCGCCGCCUCACCCAGCAGGUGAGGCCAUACCUACAGGACCGCCGGGAGCAGUACACCCGCUUCUGGCUCCUCUCUGAUAAUGACUUGGUGGCUGCACUGUCCACUGUAAUAGAUGGGGAAUCAGCCAGGCCCUUCUUGCCAAAGCUCUUCACCAACAUUGCAAGAAUAAAACAGGAGAAGAAUAGCCAGCUGACAACAAUGGAAGUUAUUGGUGUGUACUCCCAAGAAGGAGACUUUUUGGAACUCAAUUCCUACAUUCCUCUUAUGGGAUCCUUCGACACAUGGCUCAGAAAUCUGUCAUCCAGCAUUGAAGCAACACUGAAGGAGCAUGUGCGUCAGUGCAGGAACAGCAUGAAGUCUGUGGCCAUGAAGGUGGAUGAUGUGGUGAAGCUCUGGCCUCUUCAGGUAACAGUGAUUGCCUUCCUCAUGCACUGGACAAUGGAGGUGAGCCGCACCCUCGCCAAGACGAAGGGUUGCCUCAAUGGUGACUCGCUGCAGGUGUUCAAGAAGAAGGUGAGGGACUCACAGAUGCGUCUUGACGGUUGUCUUCAGGGGAGCCUGCCCAAGCUUAUGCGGGAGAAGGUACGCCUGUUUUACCUGGCAGUGCUGCAGGUGAGGGACUUUUUGUGUGGAGCAGCUGAAGGAAAAUGGAGUGUUGCUUCAGAGAGUGACAUGCCACUUCGAUACACCUGGGAGAAGGACACAGACAACUUAUUACUUCAAAUUGGUACCCACGACUUGCCCUAUUCUUGGGAGUACCAGGGACUGUGGUCUUUCACAGCCCUUACACCCUCCCUCACCCUGGCCUUCACCCAGCUGGCCAAGGUGUUGUGUCAGGGAACAGCAAUAGGUCUGCUUGGGACCCAUGGUUGUGGCAAAACAGAGACAGUGAAGAGCCUUGCCCAUCUACUGGGGCGUCACUUGGUAGUUGUGGAGUGUACCCCUGCCCUAACAGCCACUCAUUUGGCCCAGAUGUUGCUAGGUGUCAGUCAGUCUCCCAGCUGGCUACUCCUGGAGUCUGCUCACUGCCUGGAUGAGGAUGUCAUGCCACCCCUCAGGGAAAUGCUGAGAGUGGUGCAGGAAGGGCAACGGGCAGCAGCAGCAGUAGCGGUUAAAGCAGGUGGGGGACGAGGCUCCAAGCUGCAUCUGCCGCCAUCUGUUGUCCUGGAGGGCAUCCGUCUCACAGUGUCGCCUCUGGCUGCUGUUGUGCUGGAGAUGCAGCCAGAUCAGGCCGCUGCAAGAAGGACAAUGGAUAUUCUAAAGGAGGCAUGCCGUCCUGUCGUCACCUUCAGACCAGAUGUUCAGGUGAUGACUGAGUGUCUGAUGGUGGUGGAAGGCUUCAAGGAGAGCAGGAGUUUGUCAUUGAAAGUGAGUGAAGCAAUGGAGAGUCUUACCUCUGCCCUCCCUCGACGGUACCGCUGGCAGCUGGGAAUCCGCGGUGCUACCCUGCUUGUGAAUCUGGCCAAAGACAUUAUCAGGCGGCAGCCAGAAGUGGAUGAGGUGGAUACAGUGCCUCUAGCCCUGCGGGAGCAUCUCUUGCCACAGCUGAGGGAGAAUGAACUCCCAAUAUUCAAGGAAGUGUUUGAGACCCUCUUUCCAGACUUUGAAGCUGCUCCAAUCAUCCAUGAGACCCUGAAGGAGGGGCUAAUAGAGGAAAUGAAUAACAGAACCUUGAUAGUGAAGGAAGUGUACACUGAUAAGACUCUUCAGUUGCAUGAGGCCAUCUCCAAAAAUAAGAUAGUGAUUGCCUUUGGGCCUUCAGGCUCUGGGAAGUCUACCUCCAUUGAGUUAUUGCACACCACCACAGUCCAGCUGAAUGAGGCUGGCCAUGCAGGCAUCAGACUUGCCCGGCUGGAGGCUCUCAGCCCGUUGGUGGUGGAGCAAGAGUUGCUGUACGGCCCACAUGAAGACCUGGCCAUUGGAGAGCGGAGUGGACACCUGAUGCGCCUCAUCCAGAAGUGCCACAAGGCACCACCUGCAUCUGACUUGUGGCUGCUGCUGGAGGGACCCCAGGACCACAAGUGGCUCUCACAGUUCUUCCUUCACAUCCAUCCCACCAACAGCACCUUCUUGUGUGGCUUGCGCCAGAAUGUCUUCCUCCCUUCUAACUUGAAGAUCAUCCUGGAGGUGUCGGGAGACAUUGGCCACCUCUCUCCUGGUGAGCUGUCCAUGUGCUACACCAUCCAUUUUCCUGCCCAGCCACAACUGUGGGAAGAUGUCAUUCAGAGUUGGCGAGCAACCAUUGCCAAUGUGCGGGUGUCUCGUGCCCUGCAAACUCUUAUUAAAAAGAACUUGCCAAACUUCAUUAACAUCCUGGAUGCUGAGCUUGUAGCUAAGCCUCAGAUGAUCAUGAAGGCAAAGGCCUUUGUUGCCAUCAUGAAUUCUUUAAUGGAAGCACAGACAAUGUCAGUUGAGCCUGAGGACUGGGUGGCCAGACUCACUCCUGCCUUUAUCUUCAGUAUCAUCUGGUCUUUUGGAGCAAACAUCUCUCAGAGGGAAGCUGCUGAAUUUGAGGAAGUGGUGACCCGCAUGAUUGAGGAUGUGCCUGAAGGGGGAAUCUAUGACUACUUUGUUGAUCCUGUCAGUGGGAGCUUCCUCUCCUGGAGUCACCUCUCCUCAGAGAUAGAGCAGCUCGACAUUCGUCUCCCUGUUGUGGAGUCAAGUCUUGUUCCCACACAACGCAUCAUCAAGUAUACCAGAAUUAUCAGAACCCUGAUGGACCAGGGAAUACCUGUGCUGCUUACAGGACCACCAGGCUCAGGCAAAACUACCAUCAUUAAUGUGCUCAGACAAAUUCCAAACAAAGAGCAAAUGGCUGUUCUGCUCAGUUUCACAGCUAACACUCACCCUGUAAAUAUCCAAAGCACCCUGGAGAGCCAACUCAUGAAGCAGGGCAAGAAUACACUGGCCUGUAAGAAAUCUAAGCUGCAUGUGCUCAUUGAUGACCUUCACUGCAGUGAGGGGAGUGCUCACCUGCAUGAUGUCUUGGCCACUGUUAGGUAUACCACUCAGCGUGGAAAAUUGUUUAGCCAUGACAGCAAGGCAUUCCUGACACUGCCCCCACUCUGUUAUCUGUUCACUCUGCAGAGGAAGACUUGCUUCUUUGGCCAGGAGAAAACUCAAGAGAUUAACGAGCACAUAGAUGCCCGCUGGUUAGAGACCUUUCACUCCCUCACGCUGCCAGAGUUUUGUGACAAAGAACUGGAAGGAAUUUUCAGUAAGCUCUUUGAUGAAGCUUUAGGACAUUUUGACCAAGAGGUAAAAUGUCUGAGGACUGUGUUGGCUGAGGGUGUGGUGUAUCUGUUUAGGUGCAUGGGAAAGAAGAGCCAGGUAGCUUGUGGAGACUACUUAUCUCUUGUGCACCAUCCACGCCAAAUUUUCUCGGUGCUCAAGGGCCUCCAGCUGGGGGAUGAGGAAACACAAGACAGGGACAACUUCCUGCGACACCUGACCCAUGAGUGUUACCGUGUAUUCCAUGACCUUGGUGUGAUGCCUCAACUAGCCUUUGACCAGCUUAUGAAUGAGGUCCUCACAGAGUAUCUGUGCAUUCCUCUCAAUACUGUCACUCACGAUCCUUCUAAUUUUAUGCUGACACGGCUUGGCAAUGAUGAGGAUCUGUAUGAUGAUGCCAAUAUCCAGUCUUUGCAGGAAAUCCUCAAGAAAAAUGGACAGGCUCUCCUAGGCCCUAACCAGACCUUUGUGGUAUUCAACAGCCUCGUCCAUCACGUGGUGCGACUCCUACGAAUUUUGGGAUAUCAGCACAAAGAGGACAAAGAACCUUCACUGACCCUAGGUAGUGUUGGAGGCCAUGUGGUUUUGGUGGGCCCUGAGGGCUGUGGCAAGAAGACCUGUGCCCGAUUGGUGUCCUCCCUGGCGGGUUACAAGACACACGAUGUGACAGGAACCCCUGAAGAAGAAGUAAUUACAACAAAACAGAUCACUGAAGAUCUCCUGUCAGGCAUCCCAGUCUUAGUCAUCAUUGACUGGAAUAUAUUGCAAAAUGUGAGAAACCUAAAAUUUCUGAAUGACUUGCUGGUGCAACAGUAUUACUGGCGAUCACCUAGAGACCCUCCAGCAAAUUUUAAGAUCCUGUUGUCUGUGCCAUCACUGGAGGAAGCUCAUGAGGCUCUCAGGUCUCUUCCUGCCAUGUCAAGUUACUACAGUGUUGAUAACUUCCAGGAGUGGAGCACAGAGGACCUUCAGGUCAUAAGCAGACAAAUCCUGAGCAGCGAGAUUGGAGAAAGGCUCUCAGACAUCAUCCUGCAGUCCAUCACAGAGGUCAUGGCAUUCAUCCAUGCCACCAGCAGCCUUAAACCCUCAUCAAAGUUUCUUGAAUUCCUCAAGAUGUUUUUGCAGGUGUUCCGCAGACUCUAUGACAACAUCAUCAGUGAGAAGGAGAAGUUGAGCACCAGCAUUGUCAAGUUUGAGGAUACACAGAAGCGAGUGAAGGAGUUAUCCAAUCAGUUGGAGGAGCAGCGUGCCCAAGUGACCUACAUCCAGCAGUCCUGUGGCAGCGUGGUGCUCAAGAUGAGGAACAUCAGAUCAGAACAGGGUCGUCUGGAGCAAGAUCUUGCCAAGAAUGAUGCCCUUCUGCAGCGCCAAAAAGAUGAGUCAUCACGAAUACGAGAAUUGAUCAGCCGUGACCUGACAGCUCCCAAGCUGGAGAUGAAAACUGUUCAUCGCCGGCUGGACCGCGUCACACGGGCAGAAAUGGAGAGCCUGAGGGGCCUGAGCCGGCCACCACGUAGUGUGGAGCUUGUGUUUGAUGCAGUGCUCACCACACUAGAGCUUGACCCAUCCUGGAAUGAAGCCAAAAAACAAAUGGCUAAUGCACUGGACUUCAUAUCAGGCAUAAAAAAGAAACCUGUUGAAGAGGUGAAUGAAAAGAUCCUCUCAGUUAUUCAAUCUUACCUGAAAAUGGAAGAACUGACUCUGGAAAAAGUAACUGGGGAGUCAGAGACUGCAGCAACAUUCCUAACAUGGCUGCAAGUGUUUGAAAAGUAUGUCCGUGUCUAUAAGGACUACCACCCACUCAAGGUGCAGGCAGACAUCAUUGCCAAGGAGAUUGAUGCCACUGAACAGUCCAUUAAGCAGUACAAGAAUGACCUUGCAGGCUUCAGCAUUGAGCAUCAGACACUCAUGGCACAACUGAAGGAGAAAGAGCAGCACCUGGAGGCAGCAGAGGAGGAGAUGAAGGUGCUGGAGGGCCGCAUACAGUUAGCACAGAAAGUGAUGACACAGCUUGGACAGGACAAAAUCCACUGGGAAGAAGCACUCUCUCACAGCAGCGUGCAGCUCAGGAACAUCUUUGGUGAUGCAGUGCUAGCAGCAGCUUACGUCACGUACUUGGGUGGCACCACACAUGUGGCUCGAGGUGAAGUGAUGGCACACUGGCAGGAGAAGAUGGAGGAGCUGUGCCUCUUUCACACAGCAGAAAGGAAUGUUCUGGAUGUCUUGGCACCACUCCAUGCACGAGUCAGGUGGCAUGAGGAGGGCCUUCCCCUUGAUGCCUUCUCCUUGGAGAAUGCUGCCAUUAUUUGCUACUCUAGCCUCCCUCAGCUAAUCCUUGAUCCUCAUCAUGUCCUUGAGCAGUGGAUUCGUAACUGGAGUGAUACCACUGAGGUGGACCUUGAAAAGAGCGACUACAUGCAGAAACUGGCGGAGUUGCUCCAGAGUGGUUCAACUUGCCUCAUUGUACAGGAGGAGUUGGCUCUGCCCACCAGUGUGCUGCAGGUGCUCGAGAUGGAGCAACACAUGCGUGAUGGCCAGAACUUGCUGCUGGUUGGGGACACUGAAUUGCAAGUCCAUGACAAUUUUAGGAUGCUGAUUCUUCUGACAAGUCGAGAACCAAAGAUCACCAGCAACAUGAGAAGCCUUGCCAAUGUUGUCAGCAUGCAGAGUCAGCAGGAGGGUCUGGAAGUGUUGCUGACCUCACGUGUAGCUUCACACUACCAGCCUGAUCUUGUGGAAUCUCUAAAGAAGAAUGAGUGGGACCUUCUGGACCGUGAGAAACAGCUGGCAGAGCAGGAAGAGACCAUACGAACACUCAUGUCUCGCUUUGAUGAUGAUGUACUGGAGGAGAACACCCUGAUGGAGCAGCUGCAGACAGCAUGCUCCAGGGCCUCAGAUGCAAAACGUAAGUGUAAUGACCUCAGAAAGAGUCUGGAUGCAGCCAAGGAAGGGAAUGCAACAUACAGAAAGAUUGCAGGGCUCCUGACACGCCUGUAUCUCAUCGUGGAGAGAUUUCCACGUCUGCAGCCCUCCUUGGAACUGGGCCUGGAGCACCUUAGUACACUCAUCAUUGGGGAGAUGCACCUGCAGAGUCUUGUCACUUCAUGGGGUCGAAUGCUGGGCCAGAAUGUUGUCAUCAAGAUGCUGCAGAGUGUUUACAGGCACCUGGAGGAGCAGGUGAGCCCCAUCUCCCUGGUGACGGUGGGCCUCAUCUUGGCCACCUGGUAUGAGUGUCACAUUGGCCUCACCACCCCACAGUUCUGCUCGCUGCUAUACACUCAGUUGGUGGACCAGGAUGAAUCCCGCCCCCUUCCAUUGGACCUUAAGCCUUAUCUUGCCGCAAAGUCCCAUAGCACUUCCCUUCUGCAGCCAUUUGACCCAGGCCAACAUGCAGCCUUGCGGCCUGUGUGGCUCACUGAACGACAGUGGUUGCAGGUUAUUGCCCUAUCCAAAAUUGAGCCAUUCCAGGAGUUAGCAGACCACAUGGUGACCCAUGAGAACUUGUGGCGUGUUUGGUACAUCACCGAGCAGCCAGAAUCUGGAACGUUACCUAAGAAGAUGGAUAGAAAGAUCAGGGGAGUGGCCAAGCUCAUUCUGAUAAAUUGCCUGCGCCCAGACCGCCUGGAUGAGGCAUCCAUGAUGUAUGUGCAGCGGGUACUGAAACACGAAGCCAGCGAGGCCACAGCCAAGGCACUCCUCUCCGUAGCUGGUAAAGGCAAUGCUGCCUCACCAAUAAUCCUGUACAGCUCUGUUCCACUGGAUGUGGAGUUUGUGCUUCACCAAAUCCAGGCCCUAUGUCACCCCAUCAUCUCCUCAGAUCCUGAAGCCCUGGACGUGCUGGCCUUGGGCCAGGGGCGGGAAGACAGCCUCACUCUUAGGCUGCAGCGGUGUCUUGUCAAGGGUCACUGGCUCCUCCUUAAGAAAGGCACCACCUCCAGUACCUGCAUUUCUCGCCUUACCAAGUUUCUGAGGAAUGAGUCUUUAACAGCAGCCCAUAAACGGUUUCAGAUCUGGAUGUAUUUUGACAAUGAUGAUGAGUUGCCAUCGAGCCUGAUGACCGCCUGCCGCAAGGUGUACCUCAGCCUGCCGUGCACAGUAAAGGAGUCGCUGCGCCAUUUGUACGAACUGGUCGGAGAGUCUCGUCUCGCUGCUUACACCAACGAGUGGAGUAAGUGGUGUCUGCUCAGUCUGGCAUUGUUCCACAUUGCCUUCAUCACCCGCCAGACACUGGAAAAUAACAGCACCCCUCUGGCAGUCACUUUGGGCGAUGCCCAGUGGGAGGAGGCUGAAAACACCUUGCGAACACUGCUGACAGGAGGACACCCUGCUGACAGCUCCCUUGUUGCCUCCCUCAUCCCUCCACUGACAGAUCUGUACCUCGCAGGCUGCCUCACCGAGGAGAGCCGCAGCAUUCUCACCCAGCUCAUGUCCACUUAUCUCUCUCCCGAAGCCAUACAAAAUGUUCCUGGGAGGGUGUCAGCACUCACCCACUACACUGUACCAAGGGCCACCUUCCUUGAGGAACACCUGGCACAGAUGGAGUUCAUCUAUCUGGCACAGAAUGUGUCCCUCACUGGUGUGGCACCGAUGGUUAUCCUGCAGAACCAGCGAGAUGAAGCCAGGGACAUCAACAUUGCUUUAAGAACCCUGAAUGAACAGAAGAUGUCCCAGCGUUCACUGCGAGAUACUGUUUGGCCACGUCGCUUUGCUGAGCUGAGAGACAGGAAGCUAAAGGGCAAGAAGGUGCAAGGGGCAUUGCAGGCUAUUAUGAGGCAAGAAUAUGAGGACUGUUCACGAGUUGUGCAGCACGUGGCCUCCAAGUUGGCUGUCACAGAGGACCUGAACACCAUAAACAGUCUGCUGCAGGAUAGUUCUCCAAGCCUCGACAUCACCAAGGAUGACACAGAACUACGUAAAACUGAGGCAAGGUUGAAGAAGCUUAAUGCCAGGGCAGACUUUCUGUGGGAGAUGGCUGGCAGCUGUGAACCACCACGAAACCUCCGUUUAGGCCUACUGCAGGAACCAGAAGCAGCUUGGGCAGCAGUGACACGCAGCUACUGGGGUGAGCUACGCCAAGCAGCCUUGGAGGUGGCAGUGUUGACCAGGGCAUUGAGUGCUUGUUUGGCCGCCAAGGGAGGAGAGGAGGAUGUGAAGGGUGUUGGGGAUGAAGAGGAAAGCCCCUCACUGGUGCUGGAGAAGCUAGUGCUGCGUGGUGCCUGCUGGGAUGCAGCAGCUGAGGUGCUCAUGACAGAGGAGCUGGGUGCUGGUCUGCCAGCUGCCACCACGCUGGAUCUCACUGUCACCAAGUGCACCAAUCGUGUCAAGAAGGUGCUCAGGAAAAUUGGAAGAGUCCACCGCACACCUGUCCAUGUGGGUGGGGCUGACACCUGCACACCACUGUUCUGGGUGCACCUGCCUCUCGCCUCCAGCAUCACCAGCCACACUUGUCUCCUGAGUGGUGUGCGCCUCAUCACAGCCUGAGGUGCUGCACCUUCCUGCAGCCUUGCCACAUUUAUCAGAUGGCUUGUCUUGUGGUGCACUGUGUUAGAGCCUUGUGGAGGAAGGUCAUCCCUUUCCAAUAACAUAUAUGUAUUAACACAGUAAUUGAACCACUAUCAUU